AUUGCGUAUAGCAAGGGAGGGUGGUUAUGGCCAGGGAGUGGAGCAUGCACGGCAGCUGCUCCUCAAUAAUGAAGAGAACAGGGAGGAGAGACACGCAAGACAAGACUAGCCGUACAUCCACACCCUCGGUCUUUAUUCCAGCAUGUCUCAUUCUAUAUCCAUAUCAUCAUUCAGUUAUUUGCCAAGCUAUCAUUACUUUUGCCUGGUCAUUGAACAGACGACAUCAUCGCCACCUUUCACCACCACCACCACUACCACCGCCAUCACCACCAUAAAGCUUGUAACGCCUCAAAGUUUCGCCACUGACACGUCUUAUAUUCACUGCCACCCAUUGCGCAUCUACACGAUAACACCAUGAAUAUUGUUCAUUGUCAUCACCACCACAUUACUUCCACCACCACAACAAUAUGGGUACUAUCACUAUAUUAAAGACAAACACCACGCAAUGACUCCACCAAAUCAUCACCAAUAAGAAUACGGUAUUAUAGUGCAUUGCAGGCUUCACCAGCGCCAUCACACCACUAACACCAGCACGGCAACACGGAAAUAUGCUAACACCAACACUGAUACCAUACUACCACUACCACACCACACCAAGACUAAUACUACCAUAUCUCCACUGACAAUACCAACUAAUACCACACCAUUGCGCCAAUAAAACCUGCAUCACCACGUUAUAACACCACACCACUAUGAUGCAGUAAUACAUGUUAUCUAUAUACAGCAGAGAGAGAGAGAGAGAGAGAGAGAGAGAGAGAGAGAGAGCAAACAUUCAUUGAGUUUGAGUUAUUCUCAUCCUUACAUAUAUUUUUUGGAAUUUACGUAAAUCACUUGCCUAUUUCUUUAUGGGUUUCAAGCGUUGCUGAGAGAAAGAUACAUUUGAAAAGAGGUUGAUGACGUUCCUUCUCAAUCACAGACUCAUUUUUCUUCUGUCUGUGAUAAGGUGUUUUUCACGUAGAAUAUCCCUUGCUGAGAUUGGCAGGGCAGGGAGAGCCACCGGCAAGUGCAAGACUGAGUGGCCGAGCGUGCGUGGCGGCAGGCGAAUCCCUUAGACUUUGCUGUCCUUCACUUGGCCUUCCGCCGCUACAAGAGACGCCGGCCACUGCGCACCCGCCUCACUCCACGUCCCUCGCUACCCACAAGAGUGACACAAACGUAUAGAGACAGGAAGAAGUAGUGUGAAGGACCAUAGCAUCGUCUCCACUCCUCACGCCAGCAGGAGGGUGACAUAGAGGUUCAGAAGAGUGACGUUGGGCGUGAUGGUUCAUGAGGCCUGAGGGACCUAUAUGGUAACAUUUGUGCCAGCAAGGUGACACACAGCAACAUGAGGAAUGUUGACCGUGGUUCCUGUCCUUACUGGUGGAAUUUGGUGAUGCUGAUGAUGUUCCUGGCGCAGAGGACAACGGCGCAGCUCACACUCAUCAGCACCAUCGACGAAUCCAUGGUUGAAGCCGUGGCGUGGCUGGAGGAGGCGGUGAAGGAAGCAGAGACAUCGAGUGGACUCACCAUCAAGCAGGAGGUGAUCAUGACGUCAUUGGACAAAGAAGAAGAAAACGAGCAGCAGUUCUGCUCCGCGCUGUUCUCCGGAGCGGCAUUGGUACUAGACGUGACUGCUGGGGGUUGGACCUUUGCCCAAGACACAGCGGCAGCCCAUGGCAUACCCUACGUGCGAGUACAAGUGUCUAAUUACCAGUGGCUCGCGGCAACUGACCACCUCCUACAGAGCCGCAACGCUACCGACGCCGCGCUUAUCUUCGGCUCGGAGGCAGAGCUUGACCAGGCCCUGUACUACCUGGUGGAGGGGUCUGUGGUGCGGGUCAUCGUGCUCCCGGGCAUCGACGACAAGACGACUACCACGCUGAGGAAGAUGCGCCCGGCCCCCUCCUACUAUGUCAUCCUAGCAGCCACCGAUCGACUCACUGCUCUCUUCAACCAGGCGAUAAGGAGGAACCUGGUGACGCGAGACUCCCGCUGGACGCUCGUUGCUAUGGACCACGGCGCUGAGAAUUUCGACCGAACAACGCUGGCGGGCUCCACAGGCGUUACUCUCGUGAAUCCGACGCGGGAGGUUUGCUGCGCCGCCAGGAACACUCAGUCCUUCUGCGACUGUGACAAUCUUGUGGUACCUAAAGCCAUCACGCUGAACGCUGUGCUCAUGCUGGUUCGAACCCUCAAGGCUGAAGAUCAACAGAACAUUGCCGGAACCUGCGACGCCCCACCCGACACCCCGCCCUCCACCACCUCCUUCUACACGGGGCUGCAGACGGAACUGGGGUCGUGGCCUGGCAUGAAGUGGCGAUUCGACAAAAUGCAGAUGGAGCCUCAAUUGGCGUUUAAUAUCCAAGCGAUCAAUAGCACGGCCAGCCAGAUGGUGGGCAGCUGGAGCACUGACGAGGGCCUGCAGCUCAUCCCUGGGUUCGAGCACUCCCCAAUACGUCGCCACUUCAGGCUUGGCACAAUACUGUCUCGCCCGUGGGUGAGCCUAAAGAAGGGCGCGGCGGAGAGCGAGGCGAUGCUGUCCACGGAUCCCAAUGACUACGUGGGCUACUGUGUCGACUUGGCAGAGCGCCUCGCCAAGGAGAUGAAGUUCGACUACGACUUUAGGUUCCCCAAAGACGGACAGUACGGCGUGAGGCAGAAGGACGGGACCUGGAAUGGCCUCGUGGGGGACCUGUCUAAUGGGGUGACAGAUAUCAUCGUGGCGCCCCUCACAAUGACCUCAGAGCGGGAGGAGGUCAUCGACUUCGUGGCGCCCUACUUUGAUCAGUCUGGUAUCUCUAUUGUGAUCCGGAAGCGGCAACGGGAAGAGAGUCUGUUCAAGUUCAUGACGGUGCUUCGCGCGGAGGUGUGGGUGUCCAUCGUGGCGGCGCUGGUGGUGACGGGCAUCAUGAUCUGGCUUUUGGACCGCUACUCGCCUUACUCCGCCCAGAACAACUCCACCCUCUACCCGCCUAACUGCAGAAAAUUUACGCUGAAGGAGAGUUUCUGGUUUGCCCUGACGUCGUUUACGCCCCAAGGAGGAGGGGAGGCGCCCAAAGCUCUGAGUGGACGGACGCUGGUGGCUGCUUACUGGCUGUUCGUGGUGCUGAUGCUGGCUACCUUCACCGCCAACCUGGCCGCCUUCCUCACCGUGGAGAGGAUGCAGUCACCUGUGCAGUCCCUGGAGGCCUUAGCGCGCCAGGCUAAGAUUAACUUCACCACCGUCAAGGGAUCGUCCACCUUUGAGUACUUCGACAACAUGGCCAAGGCGGAGGACGAACUGUUCAGGGUGUGGAAGGAACUGACACUGAACAGCACCAGCGACCAGAGCAAGUACCGUGUGUGGGAUUACCCCAUCAAGGAGCAGUACACACACAUCCUGCAGGUGAUCGUCGACUCCAAGCCAGUCCUUCACGCCGAGGAGGGAUUUCAAAGGGUGCGGAACAAUGAAAAAGGAGAGUUUGCCUUCAUCCAUGACGCUUCGGAAAUCAGGUAUGAGGUACUGCAAGACUGCCAACUCACCGAGGUCGGUGAGCCGUUCGCCGAGCAGCCGUACGCCAUCGCUGUCCAGCAAGGCAGCCACCUGCAGGACGAGAUAAGUAGGGCAAUACUGGAGCUACAGAAAGACCGCUACUUCGAGGCUCUGACAGCGAAGUUCUGGAAUAGAACGGAGCGCGGAGCCUGCCCGGAUGAUAGUGACUCAGAGGGCAUCACGUUGCAGAGUCUAGGAGGAGUAUUCAUCGCCACGCUGAUCGGCUUGGCCUUGGCCAUGGUGGCCCUCGCCGUGGAGGUUCUAUACUACAAGCGCGGCAAAGGUUCUCACGUCUCGGAUAUCACACCGAGGAAAUCUCUCAAAAUGGUUCCAAAUAAGAGUCACGUGUCUCGCAUCAACGUGACGCCAGUGUACUAGAGGACGACUCGCCGCCAGAUAUAAGUCAUGUCCGGGGCAUGUUUAGUGAUGGAAGAUGAAAGGGUGUUUCCAGACCAAGGGACACCAUAAACCAUAGCAUUUUCGAAGUGCUGCUGAACACAACAAUCUGGAAGGCACCGGGUACCCAAGGCACCAUAGGCCAUGCAAGGUGCAUCAGCACCGCACUUCGUGGAGGCUGAAUCAACGUAAUGUUAGGACAUAUGAAGGAAGAUAGGCUCCUGUAGACACCGCUGACUCAGACCCAUUGCCACACGCUGUAAUCAUUACGAGUAUUUCUCGCCACCUUCUGUCCUCAACAGCACCUAUUAUGUUAUAACGUACUCAUAUAACCCUCUGUUGAAGGGAAAACAAAUGUAAUAUAACUUACAGUUACCACAGUACGUGAUGACUGGUGAUUGUGACGUGUUUGUUUAAUAGUGAAUCAAAAUAGAUCUGCUGCAUCCACCUUACAAAUGUUGCAAGCGCAGGUAUAUUAAUGUGUUGACUUAAAUUAUACCUGGUAUCAAUGUCAGACGAAGACCACAUGACUGCUUGCUUCCAGACCUGACCACCACAACCUGGCUUUUGAAGCGGCUGACGCGCCAUGAUUCAUGCGUAUACAAUCUGAAUGCUAUAUAUUUAUUUUCAUUUUUCUCUCCACUCGAUGAAAUCAGAUAACAGAGAUACAAGAACAUUAAGAUAUUUCAAUGUGCAAAUAUUCUGUCUUUCGAUUUGUAACGACACCAAAUUUUAGGAUAAAGCUAGCAUGUUGACUUUAGAGACAGUUAUUGGCAAGCAGAUCUGCACCGGGAUGUACUGUUCUGGGGCCAAAAUUAUUUGUAUGUUUCCCAAGAGCAGCGCAGUCUGUUAUUUUCUACGAAAGCAAUUAUCUGUUAUAUUGCUGCAUGCAAGCGUCCAUUUGAAGUCAUAUGCAUUGACGCUAAUAAGAGGGUUAUGCGAUAUAUAGAGUAGAUCAAUAAAUAAACACUGAAAAAAA